AUGAGUGGCAACGAAACGUGCAGCGCACUCCUUGCCAAUUUCGCCUCGCUGCAGGGGAAGAUGAAGGCGCAGAAAUGCGAAGCCCCCGAGCCGGACGACCACGACCACGACCACGACCACCAUCACCACCACCAUGGGCACAGCCAUGGCGGGUGUGGUGGCGGCCAUGGGGCGUACUCGGCGGGGCUGCAUGUGAUGGCCAUCUUCGUCGUGCUCGCGGCCUCGCUUGUGGGGACGCUUAUCCCACUUGCCGGGAAGUACGUGCCGUGCCUGCGGUUGCACCCGUUCAUGUUUGUCCUUGGCAAGUGCGCGGCGACUGGUGUGGUGCUGGUUGUUUCUUUAAUGACUGUGUUUCAUCACUGUUCUCUUGCGGCAUGUUUUUUUUUGGUGUGA